AUGACUCUUCCCAAACUGCUGCUCCUUCUCACUCUACACCUCACGGCGAUAAUCGCUGAGGGGCAGGACCCCAGGGAGCGCAUCAUCGGAGGCUACAUUUUAUCCCCAUAUUCCGCCCGGUACCUGGUGUCUCUGAAGAGAAGCUCCAGCAUUCACUUCUGCGGGGGUUCCCUGGUCAGCAGAUUCUGGGUCCUUACAGCCGCCCACUGCAAAACUGACCCAGUGGCUGCACAGAUCCUAUCCGAGUCCUGCCCUGUCUUGCAGCUAAAUCGCCCAGCAUUGUACAACGCCUUUGUGUCUGUAGUGCCAUUGCCCCUGCAGGGGGUAGCUCCGGCUGAAGGUCGUUUGUGCCAAGUUUCCGGCUGGGGAUUCACCAGCACCAUUGGAGGGAGGCCCUCGGAUACCCUGAGAAGUGUAAAACUACCCAUAGUGCCCAUGAGAAAAUGUAACAGCUCCGCCUCCUACGCUGGACACAUCACAAGCAACAUGAUCUGUGCCGGCUUCACGGCUGGAGGAAAAGAUGCCUGUCAGGGAGACUCUGGGGGGCCCCUGGUGUGCGAUGGGAAAGUCUAUGGAAUUGUAUCCUGGGGUCACAGCUGUGCAAACCCCAAAUACCCCGGUGUAUAUACGGCAGUGGCCAACUUCCAGAGAUGGAUCUACAGGACAAUCGUUUAAGAGAACCUCAAGCAAAUUCAGUUUCUCGCCUCCUAGUUGUCUUGUGCCCUAAAUCGUGGUCCCCACCAGCCUCGGCCAAAGGUGCAGCCGAAAACGGGACUGGGAAACUGCGCCCACCAGGAAUACAUUAACCCUACCUGCAAAUACUGAAUGUGCUGUAACUGUGUAUUUGCCAAUUGUGCUGGGAUGACUUGUUCUGUUUGUCUGUCCGUAUGUACUCAAGAAACCAGAACAUGGUGCUUCAAUCAUUGCCGCCGAAAAAUGUAUCUGUCUGUCCCUUUCUACGGUCAGACUGUAGAAAGGGACAGACAGACACAAUGACAGUUACACAUAACUAUUAGACAAAUGUUAAUAUUGGGGUAUAUUUCCCCUUGAGAUUGGAGUGAUAAAGCCAAUAAACACAGGGAAGAAGAUUAUUUCUCAAAUAAGUAUUUCAUUACCUUUAUUCCUAUCUCUUUAGCCCAAAUGUGUGAAUGAUUUAGGGGCUGUCCUGCCUCUGAUCUUUCUGUUCCCUUCUCUGCAGACCUGUCUUUCUCUAGAGCAACUCAAUAAACCUGAGAAUGCAAAUGUUUCUGA